GAAAGCUGGGCUCGCAGGCCGUGAGCUUGCCGUGCCCCAGACAGGCCCUUGACCACGGGGGAAUGCCUCCGGGGCCGGGCAACAGCGCCCCCAACAGUCCCAUGGCCUUACUGACCCUCAACUCCAACUGCGAGAAAGAGAUGGACGAUGUCAUUGACGACAUCAUUAGUUUGGAAUCCAGUUACAAUGAUGAUAUCAUGGGACUGUCGUUGGACCCCGGACUUCAGAUGGCCAACACGAUCCCCGUGUCAGUGAACCUCUUGGACAUGUAUAGUAACCCAGGCAUGCCUCCUCCGGGAAUCUCUAUCAGUAACUCGUGCCCUGCUAACCUGUCCAACAUUAAAGGGGAAUUCUCUGUUACUCCAUCUCCAGCCAUGAUGCACAUGAUGGACAAGCCCAGCUCCUGUAGCAAGUUUGAGAGCUAUCAAAGGCCUGAAGGGUUUCCUGUGGAGGCAGAAGUUCGCACUCUCGCAAAGGAAAGGCAAAAAAAGGACAACCAUAACUUAAUUGAGAGGCGACGGAGAUUCAACAUUAACGAUCGAAUCAAAGAACUGGGGACUCUGAUUCCUAAAUCAAAUGAUCCGGACAUGCGCUGGAACAAGGGCACUAUUCUGAAGGCCUCUGUGGAUUACAUCAGGAAACUUCAGAGAGAGCAGCAGCGUGCCAAAGAGCUGGAGAACCGUCAGAAGAAGCUGGAACACGCCAACCGCCACCUGAUGCUCAGGAUACAGGAGCUGGAGAUCCAGGCUCGUGCUCACGGACUGGCCGUCGUCUCGUCUACACUCUGCUCAUCAGAGCUAGCAGCCCGGACCAUCAAACAGGAGCCGGUCCUGUGCGACUGCUCCCGGGACAUGUACCCUCACGCACACCCGUCCUGCCCCGACAUGGGCCGCGCCAGCACCCUAGACCUAAACGAUGGCACAAUCACCUUUAACGACUCUAGCAAUUCCACCGAUGCUUAUGGUCUUGGCUCAAAGGCACAUGGCGCUAAACUCGAUGACAUCCUGAUGGACGACACAUUGUCAUCUGUAGCAACGAGCGACCCACUCCUCACCUCCGUCUCGUCCGGAGCCUCGAACGAAAGCAGCUGUAAGGACAGCGUGAACAUGGAGGAGAACGAGCAUGUUUGUUAGUGCAAGGAAUCCUUCGUUUGGCUGUUCAGGGCCGCUGGUUUUUCCGGUAACACCAUUGACUGCUAAGGAAGAAGCACGGCCUGUUUUGUCAAGUGUAAAAUAAUAUUAUUUUCAUGUUUACACUCGUUUUAUUUUAUCGUAUUUUAACCUUAUUCCAGUUUCGUCUACCCAAAUUUCACUGUGUUAUAAUAAUAUCAAAAUAAUCAAGGUCAGUAUCAUAAAAAAGAUUGAUUUGUGUAACUUCUCAUAGGUGUAUUAGAGUACAAUUUAAUCAACUUUGGGAUAAUAUAAAAGUGCACUUGAAAGAUGAUUUCUUUGGUUGUACAGUAGCGUGUUUGCACACAGUUUAGAAGAAUAUUUAUCUUUUCUUAUAUAUCCUUGUAAAGGAAUGACUUAAGCACAAUACUUCCCAUUUAACGUGUAGAUAUUAAGUGACAGACAGUUGAUGUUUAAAGGGAUAGUUCACCCAAAAAUGAAAA